AUGGAGGUUGAAAUUUUUGAUUGUUGGGGCAUGGACUUUAUAGGACCCUUUCUGAAGUCUCAUGGGAACGAAUAUAUCAUAGUUGCGGUUGAUUAUGUUUCGAAGUGGGUUGAAGCCAAGGCCACAAGGAAGAAUGAUUCUAAGGCAGUCACCAAGUUCUUGAAAGAGCAUAUAUUCUCUCAAUUCGGGACUCAUAGGAUUAUUAUUAGUGAUGGCGGCACACAUUUUAUCAACCGGACUUUUAAUGCCUCAUUGAGGAAAUAUGGGGUCAAGCAUAAGGUUGCCACACCUUACCACCCACAGACUUCCGGUCAAGUAGAGGUGUCAAAUAGGGAGAUUAAGAGAAUUUUGGAAAAGACAGUCAACUCUUCUAGGAAAGAUUGGGCUAUUAAGCUUGAUGAUGGUUUAUGGGCCUAUCAGAUUGCAUAUAAGACCCCUAUUGGCAUGUCUCCUUUCCGCUUGUGCUAUGGAAAGAAUUGUCACCUUCCGGUCAAGCUUGAGCACAAAGCUAUAUGGGCUAUCAAAUUUUUGAAUUUUGACUUGGAAGCAAGUGGUGAGAAGCGGAAACUUAAUCUUUGUGAGUUGGAGGAGAUCCGGGAAGAGGCAUAUGAGAGUGCCAAAUUGUUUAAGGAGAAGACCAAGGUGAUACAUGAUCGGAAAUUGGUGAAGAAAGCAUUUCUUCCCAAGCAAAAGGUUCUCCUAUACAAUUCUAGGCUCAAGUUAUUUUCUGGAAAGUUGAGAUCUAGGUGGAGCGGCCCUUUUGAGGUAGUUGAAGUUUUUCCUCAUGGUGCUAUCACAAUCAAGAAUCUUCAUGGUGGGGAGCCCUUCAAGGUAAAGGGGCAUUGA